AUGAGCAGCGCCCACCCGCGUGGCCUCGAGGAAGGCGAUGACGCCGACUUGAAAAACAUGCGCCUGUACAACAUUCUCGGUGUGAAGAAGAAGGCCAACGACGAGGAGAUCAAGAAGGCGUACCGGAAGCUCGCCCUCCGCUACCACCCCGACAAGAAUCUCGAUGGCGACCAGGAGAAGACGGAUAAGUUCAAAGAAAUCAACUACGCCAACUCAGUGCUCUCAAAUUCUCAGAAGCGAAAGAUUUACGACUUAUACGGAGAUGCGGGCUUGAAGCUGAUGGACCAGUUCGGGGACGACGAGCGGAUGUUGCGCUGGAUGUUGAACCCGUGGUUCAAGUGGAUAUUCCUCGGAUUGGCCGUCGUCACCGGGUGCUUCUGCUGCUGUUGUUGCGGUUGCUUGUUCUGCUGUAACUGCUGCUGCAAUUUCUGCUGCGGACGCUGCAAACCGGGCGACGAUAGCACGCAAGAAAUGCCGCCCGACGACCCGUCAUUCGAGGCGCCAAACGGCAGCUCCCCGACGCCGAUCAUCAUCGCCCAGCCGGCCCCUCCCAGCGACACCCCCAUCGUGCUCGGCCCGAGCUCCAUUCAAGUGACCGUCGUCGACGAGAAUCACGAGCAAAAGGUGACGUUCGUAAGGCGAGAUGACGUGGUGUCGGACCCCUCUUCCACGGCCAUGCGCGACAUCAACAAUGUCGAC